GCGCAAUCUCGGAGGCCAUGCGCUGUCCCUCCUUUCCAUGGGAUCUGAUGCUGCGUUGCGUGCCCAGUGGCUGUAGUGGCUGUAGUGCCUUGAAACGUCGUAGUUUGUGAUGGCUGCGGCUCUAAACUUUGAAUAUGGGCGGGAUAUUUCAUUGCUUAAAAGUGCACUUCGUUUUGCAGAGCGCAUUCUUCAACAGGAGGAUUCAAGCCAGACUUUGUUUUCAUCUGACCACAGUCAUUCUAGAACUGCUGCCCUGUCUGUGUCAGACAGGAUACAAAAUGCCUACAGUGCUGGUAUUGAAUGGGCUGUUACUAGUUCAAGGCUGCAUACUGCAAUUUUUGUAAAUGUGCUUCUGUCUAAUGAUGUUGUAGGAGCAGCUGAACUGGAGUACUUUGAAUCUGUGCUUGAUGACUUACCACGUAUUGGAUGGCCCUUCUUUGCGGAACUUGUGUCAGCAUGUGGCUGGAGAGAGCCCUUUAUUGAGACCCUGAAAGCACUGUCUCCAAAAAUUAUGCUUAGAGUGCUUGAAGCCAUUCACAACAUUUCUAAAACUCUGCCUUAUAUAUGGAGCUGCACGGUGUCUACAUUAAUAUGGUCAUCUUGUAUUUCUCCUAUAAAAGGAAUUGGUACAAGCAAAGAUGAAGCACUCUCUGCUUUUUCCAAUCUACAGGCAUUACCUUCAUCGAAUGAAGCCUCACCAACAGAAGAAUGCCUUCUUGAAGACAGUAUUCAGUUCCUUGUACAUCUAUCCGAGAAUUUCAGCUCGUGUAAUAUGAAAAUAGUGGACUGGGCUCUGUCACUUGUCAAUGUCACCCUUGAUUUUUUACUAACCAUCUUUGAACCAACAGAAUUCAGCCUUUUGAACCCUAACCUCUGGCUUGCAAACUAUGACGAUAUAGGAAAAAGGGCAGAAAAGGAUUUCUAUUUAACUUCACUGUGCUGCUUUCGUGUAUUGAAUGGUCUUGCAUGGCCAGAUGUUUGCAAGCUACUAAGCCGUGCUGAUUGCUUGCUUUUUAGGGAAGUUCGAAAGGCCCUUGUGUGCUUUGGAGAGAGAUUGGCUCAAGAACAGAACAUUAAACAUUCUCUGUGCCUGACUCAUGAUUUUUGUGCUGCUAGCUGCAUUGGUGAAAAGGAAAACAAAACUUCACUUAAAGCCAGGACACAUGAGGAUCUGUGGCACUUGGUCAGAAAGAUGCAGUGUUUCCUAAGCUCCCUUGAAACUGUGAAGAAAAGUUAUGAAGCACAGAGCCCAUUUCUAGCUGGCUUGAAGGAUUUUGUCAUGAAGUGGGACCAUGAAGGAAUGGACUUGACUGUGUGUGAUAAAGACACACAAAUUAGUGCCAUUGAAAGCAUUCUCAAGCAGGGAGCUAUGCCACUGACCUCAGCAUUCACAAUUUGGAUUGUAAGCCACGAAUCACUUCUGACGCAAGAAUGGACCUGUGAUAUGCUGAACAACCAUUUGAACCUGUUAAGCCACCCAGAGCUUUUUCAUCGCCUGUUCGAAGCCGCUUUGUGCAGUGGUGUAGACGAAGUCGUAAAAAAGCUUGUACUCAAGAUAUGCAGUGCAGCACCACUGAAGUUACAAGAAGCCAUGUUGUUUUAUACAUUCAGCUCUGAGAGCUUCAGUGAUGACUCUUCACCUUUGAAGCUGACCGACUUUGAAAACCUGCUGACUGAGAAGUUGAACCUUGUUUCGGAUGCUGACCAUAGCAAUGAUCUUGAGGGUAGAGAACAGAUAUUCAGCGAGUUUGCAAGUUUAUGCUUGCAGUCUCCCUCGGAAGUCCUCGAAGCAGUUGUCGACAUGGCUGUUACUGAUGGGUGCACCUCUGCUGUUUCACAGCUGCUCAUCCACCUUAGAGUUGUCUGCCAGUAUAAAAAAAAGCAUGAUACUGAGCAAGACCUCCUUGGAAGCAUUAUUCUAGAUACAUUUCAAAGGCUUCAGGUUGGAACAUCAAAGCACCAAGACAACUUUACAGGCUUAAUAAAGGAGCUUGUUGGGCACAGUAAUGUCUUGAACUGUGACUGGUUCCUGGUUCAAAUUGUCGACUGUGUUGACAUGUUUGACGCUGAUGAUCAGUGCUUUGACACCUUCUUUCCGCUUCAAGUCAGCAUGGCAAUUGCACCAAAAAUUUCCGAGCACUAUAUUGUUCCUAUGGCCCGGAUAUUGGUUCAAAUGUUGGAUGAGGCCUGUAUGGAACUUAAUGGAGCAAGGAAACAGAAAGUUCUUCAUUUCUUGCAUGCCUACCUGAGUUUAGAUGCAUGCACUACCCAAACAAAUUUGCCGAGUAGUAUAAACCUAACUCAUGCAGCAAUAAAAUGCCUUCUCAAGAAAAAGUGCAUUUUUCAUGAAGCAUUUGGUGUGCCCAUUCACAGAGGCGAAUUGGUCCUAUUGGAUGCGAAAAAAUGGAGUUCUGAGUGCCAGGAAAUUGCAUCUCAGUUUCCCGAGUGUUCCCUCACUGAGCUUUUAAUGCCACACUUCUGCCUUUGGCUUGCAGGGGCUACUUCGGAGGAAUGGGAGAUUUUGUCAGCUCAGCUCAGGAGGGCACUGAGUAUUGAUGCAGGCCAUAGCGUGUCCCCUGCCAUCUUUAUUCGAGAACUUGUGAUGUGCCUUAUUGGUUGCAAGAGUUAUGUUGCUGUAGGCAACUGGAGCUACCUGUUCACAUGUUUUGCUAAUACUGUCAUGGCAUGCCUGAAGGGGACUAAGGAGCUUCCGGAGGAAGAUCUAUGUGAAAUUAUUUUGGCACUUGUAUUUGCCCUGUCAAGUCUACCAAGCCAGUGUUUGAAGCAAGAGCUAUUGCUACUUGUCGAUGUGGCUCAGUGUAAGGAAACUUCAGUUCUUGGAGAGGAGUUGGCGAAAUUAUUUCGGGAGGCCCUUGCAACACAGUGCUUCCAAAACGACUUUGUGUCGGGAUUGGUGAAAGCAUCAGUGCACAAGCUGCUUGCACACCAAGGCAACCAGUCAUAGUGGUGCUUUAGCAGCAUUUUCUAUGUGUUUAUAUUUGUAUAUAAGUUAAGCCUUGCCAUAAAUAAAAAUCAACAAUAGA